GAGGACCUGCCAUUUCUUCACCAAGUUUCUCUUCCACUGGCCUGGUGGGACUGUUGGGUCUUAACGCCCGAAGCAGCUUCUCUGAACCCACAAACCAACCAAGCAGUCAAGCAACCAUGAGCAAAUCCUACUCCUCUUCAACCCAGAGUGCCUCCUCCUACCGCCGGACCUUUGGUUCUGGUGUUGGUUCAUCACCAAUGUCAUCCCUCUUCUCCUCCUUAGGAGGAGGUCGAGGCUCUUCUUCCAGCCAUAUGUCUUCCAGAGUGUACGAGGUCAAGAGUAACGCUGUUCCCUCCUUCUCCAGCUUCAGAGUUUCUUCUGGAGCUGGGGGAGCAGGAUUUGGCUCCUCAACAGCUGUGCGUACCUAUGGAGGCGAGAAGCUCGACUUUAACCUUGCAGAUGCCAUGAACCAAGACUUUCUCAACACAAGGACCAACGAGAAGGCCGAGCUUCAGCACCUCAACGACCGCUUCGCCAGCUACAUUGAGAAGGUUCGCUUCCUGGAGCAGCAGAAUGCUGCCCUGACCGUGGAGAUCGAGAAGCUGAGGGUUCGCGAGGGUCCUGGCCGUGUGGCUGAGCUGUACGAGGAGGAAAUGAGGGAGCUGAGGAGGCAGAUCGAGGCCCUCACCAACCAACGUGCCAGGGUGGAAGUGGAGAGGGACAACCUGGCUGAUGAUCUGCAGAAGCUAAAGCUGAGACUGCAAGAAGAAAUCCACCAGAAGGAAGAAGCUGAGAACAAUCUGUCUGCCUUCAGAGCUGAUGUUGACAGUGCCACUCUGGCCAGGCUGGACCUGGAGAGGCGCAUCGAGAGCCUGCAAGAAGAGAUUGCCUUCCUCAAGAAAAUCCAUGAAGAGGAGAUCCGAGAGCUGCAGAACCAGAUGCAAGACACUCAGGUCCAGAUCCAGAUGGACAUGUCUAAGCCCGAUCUGACCGCUGCUCUCAGGGACAUCCGCAUGCAGUAUGAAGCCAUCGCUGCAAAGAACAUUGCAGAGGCUGAAGACUGGUACAAGUCCAAGGUGUCCGAUCUGAACCAAGCUGUGAACAAGAACAACGACGUUCUGCGCCAGGCCAAACAGGAGACCAUGGAGUACAGGCACCAGAUCCAGUCCUACACCUGUGAAAUCGACUCUCUCAAGGGCACUAAUGAGUCUCUGCUGCGCCAGAUGAGAGAAAUGGAGGAGAGGAUGGGCCAGGAAGCCUCUGGCUACCAGGAUACCAUUGCACAGCUGCAGGAAGACAUUGCCAAGAUGAAGGAUGAUAUGGCUCGCCACCUGAGGGAGUACCAGGACCUCCUCAAUGUGAAGAUGGCUCUUGAUAUUGAAAUUGCCACCUAUCGCAAGCUGCUGGAGGGAGAGGAGAGCAGGAUCACUACCACUAUGCCUGUCCAGUCUGCUUAUUCUUCCAUUGGAUUCAGAGAGACCAGUCCUGAAUCCCAGCGCGGAUCGGAGGUUCACUCCAAGAAAACUGUUCUUAUCAAGACUAUUGAGACCCGCGAUGGAGAGGUUGUCAGCGAGUCAACACAGCAUCAACAGGACAUCAUGUAAAGAGACAACAUGAAAUGAAACAUAAUAAAACAUGAAGAAAUA